CCCCAUCCAUCAUCACAUUCGAACCGAAAGUGGUCAAGCGUAGACGUGUCUCCUCACAGUUCUCGACGAGAGCGCCAAGGAUCGGUCGCAAUCUUGGCUUUGUGGAACACCAUGGACAUCUUGGCGGUGUCCCGUUUGGAUUGAUUAUUGCUUUCUAUCGUUUUGUGCUACCGAAAUUGGAGUGAAAAUCCUUCCCCCCAGCAACAAGGAGAGGAAGUUAGCGUAGAAGUGUUGAAGCAGCCUUAUCAUGGGGCUUCGGGAUGGUUUGGCGGCCGGUGGAUUGUUUCUGGUGCUGCUCUGUGGGGCGUUUUGGGGUUCAGCUGGAGCAAUGUCCCACGGAUUGGUGCCGGGGAUUUCCCCCCGUGAGGCGGACCUGCUGAAUAGCAACUUUUUCCAGCGGAUGCGGGAGAUGAUCAUGGAGCGGGCCUACGAGGAUGCUCUCAACGAGGUGCCGAACGAAGGGUCACAACCGGUGAAGCCAGUCGACACCUCCCACCUGGACAGCCCACCCAAGCCUCGGGUCGUCGAAAACUGGCCGAUGGUGAACCACGAGUUUGGGCAAGUCACGGCCGUUUCGAUCAACCGCGAGGGCAAUCCCGUCAUCUUCCACCGGGGUCGUCGCGUUUGGAGUGCCGAGAGCUUCAACGAGACCAAUCACUUCCAGCAGAUCAUGGACGGUCCCAUUGAAGACAGCACGAUCCUAACGCUGAGCGCCAAGACCGGCGAAGUGAUCGACGAAAGCGGCGGAGGAAUCUUCUACAUGCCUCACGGUAUGACGAUCGACCGCAAUGGAAACAUGUGGCUGACGGAUGUGGCUCUGCACCAGGCGUUCAAGUUUAUGCCGAACCAUGACUAUCCCAGCAUUACGAUCGGGCGUCGAUUCGAACCAGGUUCUUCCCGGAAUCACCUGUGUAAACCGACGGCAACGGCCGUGGCCACAACCGGAGAGGUGUUCAUUGCCGAUGGUUACUGCAACAGUCGGAUUCUGAAGUUCAAUGCAGCUGGCCGUCUGAUCAGGACCAUUCCGCAACCUCCGGAAUUCCUAUCGCUGCAGGUCCCACACGGGUUGACGCUGCUGGAGCAUUUGGACUUGAUCUGUAUAGCUGAUCGGGAGAAUAUGCGAGUCGUUUGCCCAAAGGCCGGUCUUAAGUCUUCAUUCGGCGAGGGAACCCAGGCGGCUACGAUCCAAGAACCGGAUCUCGGACACGUUUAUGACGUUGCGGCUUACGGUGAUCUAGUGUAUGCCGUAAAUGGCCCUACGGCCGAUAUGAUUCCGGUGCGAGGGUUCACCAUUGAUCCUCGAUCGGAGACCAUCAUCGAUCAUUGGGGCAAGUUCGAAAAUCCUCACUCGAUCGCAUUCUGCCCGAACGGAUCGGCAAUGUACGUCACCGAAAUCGGACCAAACAAGGUUUGGAAGUUCGAACUGGUUUAGGGUCAGCCCGGGGACAAACAUGUGUGAACCAAAAACGCAAAUGUUUAUAGAAUUAAUGACACAAAGGCGAAAGCCAACCAAAUGAGUAUAUCUUAUUCGUAAAGAGCUGUCUACGCAAUUGGUACGUAAUAAUCAUCCAACCUAUAAAACCAAAAAUAAGUCCAGAACUAAAUGAAACGAUGCGCGGUGCAGCCAAGCGGGAAGGUAGCAGAAUGGUAACACCAACAGCCAUGGAACAACAUCAAUGAACUGUAACUUCAUGAACAGAUUCCAGACGUGUUAUGAACUUUCAUCAGUUAUUUAUUGCAAACGUUUUGGGGGUCAUCUUUAUCUGAUUUUAGUUUUUCUGCGUUCUCUUAUCAUAGCGAUUCAUCACCUAGGUUCGGUUUAUGAAACCGAAUGAUUUAUAUCUAUUGUGCACUCAGUUGGUGCGUCCUGAGACGACACCUCUAUUGUAUAUUUAGCAGUUUAAUAUGCAACGUUAGAGAAUUUAUGAGUGUUAGACAUGUUGCGAUAUAUGAUACACAUUUAGUGGAUGUUGCCAGUUUAUCUUAUCGAUUGUAUUCUCUCAAAGCAGGAUCAGCAGAACAAAAAUAUCACAAAAAUCAUGUCGUAGAAAGCUGCUAGCUGAUAAACAGCAAUGUAAAGUAAAACAUUUAUACGUAGAAACUAUAAAA